GGAAUCUCUCUCCACGUGGAGCCACUCUUCUGAACUUGUCCAUCUGAGGCUGAAAAUGAGAGCUCUGAUAUUCGUCCUCCUCCUGACCCACUUCUUCCAAAUCUUACAAUGUGUGCAGGUUACGGACAGUGGGUACAGUUUCUCCCUGGAGGCAGUGAAGACCCUGAAAAAUCUUAUGGAGACUGACAUGAGUACAAACCCGCGACAGACCUACGGCGGUGCAGCAUCCCUGUGUGCCGACCCUGACCUGCCAGGAGAGUUCAGAGUGAUGUGCAGAAAAGAUGAUGCUGAAGAAGUCUUCCAGCGUCUGGUGAAAAUCAUCAGUCCUGUAGACCCCUGUGAGAUCUGCGCCAAUGUGGCCUGCACCGGCUGUUAGAGCGGACACACUCCCAGCAUCACAGCGUUCAUAUACAUCACUGCCAUCAUACGUGCAUCUAUCUACAGAACAGCCAGUAAAAUAUAACAGGGUAAAACACAUAUUACUCAUUUAAUUUCAAAAAUAUGUAUGUAUUUAAGUGUGUUUCAUAAAAUGUUUGGGUCACAUAGUACAGAAUGAUUUUUUGGUUUUGAAUGGAGACACUGCCACCUAGUGAAUCUAAACACAUUUUAUAUUACAUAAACCUUUGAAAAUGGCACAUUUCUAUAUAUUCAGAAUGCAAAAUCUAGCUGGGUUGUAGCUAUAGUAUUUUGGGCCUCCUCCUGACUAUAUAU